GUUGCAGUGAAGGCCUAGCACAAGCAGUUGUUUAAUGCAGGCUGUUAAAUGUGUGAUAGUCGGUGAUGGCGCCGUGGGAAAAACCUGCAUGCUCAUGAGCUUUUCGUCGAACAGCUUUCCAGCCGACUAUGUCCCAACGGUUUUCGACAAUUAUAACACGGCAGUGAUGGUGGAUGACAUGCCCUACAACCUUGGCUUGUGGGAUACGGCGGGCCAAGAGGAAUACGAUCGUCUGAGGGCGCUAUGUUAUCCGCAAACGGAUGUCUUUCUUCUCUGUUUUUCAAUAGUUGAUCCCAGCUCUUUCGACAAUAUAGAGCAGCGCUGGUGGCCGGAGAUCAAGCAUCAUUGUCCGGACACUCCGUACGUGUUGGUGGGGACGAAGUGCGAUCUUCGAGACGACGCCAACAUCCUCCGCCACCUCUCGGAGAAAGGUGAGAAGCCGAUUUCGCACGAGAACGGCCAAAAGUUGGCGGGAGAAAUCGGUGCGAUGAGUUAUCAGGAGUGCUCCGCACUGACUCAACAAGGUUUGAAGGAUACGUUUGACGAGGCGAUUCGAGCCUACGUCCGCUCGAGUUCUUUCAAUUUUGCUGGUCGAGACUACGAAGGAAAAAAAAAGAAGCGACUAUGUUCGAUUAUAUAA